UUCCGCGCAUGCGCAGGACGACGGGGCGGUACUUCCUGCGUUCUCCUCGCGGUGGUUAUUUUGGCUUCUCUCCUGUCUGUCCAUCCCAACAGAACCUCCGCAGCUGGGGUCGCGACUGAGACACUGUACAGAGAAGGCGCCAAAGUGGGUCUGAGGCUCCUCGACGCCACCCGGGGUGAGCUGUGCCAGGCCCGGGAUAGGGACCUCUGUGUUCGAAUGCCUGCCCCGGUCGCCCGCCGCUCCUCGCCUAGUCCACCGAGUUCAAUGGCGGCAUUCGCGCUGAGGGACCCGGCUCGGGGUAUGACCUUUGAGGAUGUGGCCAUUUAUUUCUCCCAAGAAGAGUGGGAGCUCCUUGAUGAAGCUCAGAGGUUCCUGUACUGUGAUGUGAUGCUGGAGAACUUUGCACAUGUAACCUCCCUGGGUUAUUGCCAUGGGACAGAGAAUGAGGCGAUAGCUUCUGAGCAGAGUGUAUCUGUAGGAGGAAAGUUACAGGUCAGGACUUCUCAGGGGGAUACACCCACCCAGAAAACUCACCUCAGUGAGGUUAAGAUGUGUGUCCCAGUCUUGAAAGACAUUUUGCCUGAGGCUGAGCACCAAACCACAUCCCCUGUGCAAAAGUCGUACUUGGGUGGCACAAGUGUGAGAGGCUUCUGUUUCAGUGCUGACCUUCACCGGCACCAAAAGCAUAACAAUGAAGAAGAACCCUGGAAAAGGAGUAUGGAUGGGGCUACAUUUGUGACAGGCUGCAGAUUCCAUGUGUUGAAUUAUUUUACCUGUGGGGAGGACUUCCCAGCCUCCAUGGACCUACUCCAACACCAAGCCACUCCUAGAGGUGAGGAGCCACAAAGUAGCAGCAGCAAGCAUAUACAGGCAUUUUAUGGGGCAAAAAAUUGUUACAAGUGGGAUGAAUGCAAAAAAGCUUCAAGCCACAAACACACACUUGUUCAGCCUCAGAGUGUCUGCUCUGAAGAAGGGCUUUAUGAGUGUAGUCAAUGUGAGAAAGCUUUCACCUGCAAGAACACACUUGUUCAGCACCAGCAAAUUCACACUGGACCAAAGACAUUUGAGUGUAGUGAAUGUGGAGAAUCCUUUAGCAAAAAGUGCCACCUAAACUUACCUAAGAUAGUUUACACUGGAGAAGGGCCUGAUGAAUGCAGUGAUCAUGGGAAAGGCUUUAUCCAUAAAUCUGAAUUCAUUCACCACCAGAGACGUCACACCAGAGGAGUGCGUUAUGAGUGUGGUGAAUGUAGGAAAACCUUUAGCUACAAAUCUAACCUCAUUGAACACCAGAGAGUUCACACUGGAGAAAGGCCUUAUAAAUGUGGUGAGUGCGAGAAAUCCUUUAGACAAAGCUCUAACCUUUUCCGACACCAGAGAGUUCACUCUGGAGAAAGGCCUUAUCAGUGCUGUGAAUGUGGGAAAUCCUUUAGACAAAUAUUCAAUCUCAUUCGACACAGAAGAGUUCACACUGGAGAAAUGCCUUAUCGGUGCAGUGAUUGUGGGAAAGCUUUUAGCUGCAAAUCAGAACUCAUUCAACACCAGAGAAUUCACAGUGGAGAAAGACCUUAUGAGUGCGGCGAAUGUGGGAAAUCCUUUAGGCAAUUCUCUAACCUUAUUCGACACCGCAGCAUUCACACUGGUGAUAGGCCUUAUGAGUGCAGUGAAUGUGAGAAGUCAUUCAGCCGCAAAUUUAUUCUGAUUCAACACCAAAGAGUUCACACUGGAGAAAAGCCUUAUGAAUGCAAUGAAUGUGGAAAAUCUUUUACCCGCAAAUCUGACCUCAUUCAACACAGGAGAAUUCAUACUGGCACAAGACCUUAUGAGUGCAGCGAAUGUGGCAAAUCUUUCAGACAGCGCUCUGGCCUCAUUCAGCACCGAAGACUUCAUACUGGUGAAAGGCCUUAUGAGUGUAGUGAAUGUGGAAAGUCCUUUAGCCAAAGUGCUAGCCUCAUUCAACACCAGAGAGUUCACACUGGAGAAAGACCUUAUGAAUGUAGUGAAUGUGGGAAAUCCUUUAGCCAGAGCUCUACCCUCAUUCAGCACCAGAGAGGUCACACUGGAGAAAGACCUUAUGAGUGCAGUGAAUGUGGGAAACUCUUUACCCACAAAUCUAACCUUAUUCAACACCAAAGAGUUCACUGGAGAAAGGCCUUAUGAAUGCAGUGAAUGUGGGAAAUCUAACCUCAUUUAGCUGAGGAAAGUUCACACUGAAGAAAAGCCUUAAAUGUGAAGGGAAUGUGCUGUUUCUUUAUUUGGUAUAAUAGCACUGGAGGAGACUGUGGGAGCCAUCUUCCUAAAUUUAAACUUUCAGCAUCUACAAUGGGGGAUUCUAUGUAAGCUUCAGGUAUGUGGGAAGCUUUGAGGAGGUUCAUUGUAAUUUGUAAUCUGUGCAGGUCCAUAGCCUGAUUUAUGUCACUGCCCAUUUCUGAGGCUGAAGCCAUUUUACCUCUACCACCUGGCAGGUAUACACAAUGUGCAUGAGUCACUUCCCCACAGUGCUCAGAGAAAUAAACCUCUGUAUUCUCCCAUUUGCUUGGGGAAAUUAUUAAUAGCCCAAGGAUGCAGGAGGUACUCAUGUCCUUUCUCUGACUUUAGAGUAUAGACCUGUCCCAUUUGUGGUCCAGAGGAGUCAAUCUGAGUUACACUGUCAGCUUUCUAAGAAGGAUUACUUUUUUUGGAGACAUUGUUGGUCUCACAUGAUGCUUGUAAUGAAUUUUUCCAGAUUCUGAUUCACCAGCUUGGAAACUGCUUGGUGCACAUUGCUCUGAUUUGUGAUCUUUUUAUAAAGGUUUUAAAAAGGCUGGGCACCGUGGCUUAGUCCUGUAAUCCCAGCACUUUGGGAGGCAGUGGCAGGCAGAUCAGCUGAGUCCAGGUCAGCAGCCUGACCAACGUGUUGAAACCCAUCUCUACUGAAAAUACAGAAGUAGCCCGGCAUGGUAGAAGGCGCCUUUAAUCCUAGCUACUUGGGAGGCUGAGGCAGGAGAAUCACUUGCACCCAGGAGGCAGAAGUUGUAGUGAGCCGAGAUCGCACCAUUGCCCGGCAGCCUGGGUGACAAGAGCGAAACUGUCUUAAAACAAAGAUUUUUAAAAAUUUAUGCACCUUUAAUCUUGGGGUUUCUAUUCAUUGUAUACAAUGAUUUAUAAGCAGAAUAGUGAUAUGAGCAUGAAGGGGUGGACAGAUUUUGUGGAGAUCUCAAAUUUUCUGUGCUCAUAAGGAACAAUGUGAUGGCAGAAGCAGGUUUUUGUCCUGUAUUGAUGUAAUUGGCCUGCUGCCCAAGGCCUCAAAGUAAAGACUGCCAGGCUUUGUGUUCCUGUAUUGUGAUCUGUUGCCAUUUUUGUGAGGUCAGAGGCCACCAUGAAAAGGAGGCAGUUGGUCAAAACUCACGUGCUGAUCAGUAGUGGGAUCGCGCCUGUGAAUAGCCACUGAGUCCAGCCUUAGCAACAUACUGAGAUGCCAUCUCAAAAAGAAAAAAAAGAAAAAAGAAGAGGCAGUUGUGACAAUGUGCAGUGCUUCCGUGAACGUAAAUUUUGUUCAGUUGUUCACAAGAAAUACCACAUAAUUCUUAGCACCAUUGAGGGGAAUCUGUUUCCCAGGUCCUGCAAAGGAGCCAUGUGCCAUGAUGUGUAAGUCAGUGUAGGCUGAUUCCAUUUGUUUUCAGACUAUAGGUGUAGAGGUGAAGUUCCAGGCACAACUGUAAUUGGGACCAAAACUCUAGGCAAAUGGGGAGUAGAGAAGACUGCAGUAAAUUAGAUGGAAUGAACUUCUAAAAGUUCAUCUACAAAUUUUCCAGUGAAUAUGGCUGUGUGGGAUCAGUGAGUACAGAAAUUCUCAGGAUCUUUGUAACCAUUUCUUAUGGCUGAGAUCAGUGUCAGAAAAGAGUCCAUAAAGGUUUUGUGGCUCCUUAUAUCCUCUAUGGGCUGUUCAUCUCAAGGCCAUUGCUAUGCACGCAGGAGAUUAAGAAUAGAGAGAAGUUGAGAGAGAAUUCUGCAAUUUAGGAAUGUGGCUUUUGUGACUCAGCCAGUGUUUUCCUAUUAAUUCAGGUGGCAACAGUCUUCAUUGCUUGCCAAAAUUUUCUGCCCCUGAGGCAGGGUUGCCUCUCUCAGGGCAUAAGGAGAGAGAGAGAUGGUAGAGUCCGUAUCAGGUUACCAACCUGACUUUCAAAAAAAAGAAGUGGAACAUCUAGGCUCUUAAUUUUGAACCACUUUUUAAAGCUUUAUGAAGGUCUAAUUUGUAUAAUUGACAUGCAACAAAGUAUCCAUAUCCAAAAUGCACAGUUUGGUAAAGCCAUGAAACCAUCAUCACAACCAUGAAAAUGAAUUUAUCUGUCACCCAUAUAUUUUUUGUAUCCUUUUAUAAUCUCUUUCUGCCUUCUCCAGCUUUUCAUGGAUCAACUGAUUUCCUUUACAGUAAAUUAGUUUGCAUUUUCUGGAAUUUUAAAUUUUAUAUAUAUACAUACACACACACACGGACUUUUUUUUCUUACUGAUUUUCUUCAUGCUGUAUAAGUAUUUUGAGAUUCAGCAAUGAUGAAUAUUUGUGUUGCUGAGUCUCAUGCUGUUCUGUGGAUAAGUCAUUGUUUAUUCAUGUGUUUAGGGACAUUUAUGUUAUUUAUAGAUUUUUGUAUAUUACAAAUAAAGCUGCUGUAACUACAUGCGUUCGGUUCUUUAUGUGGACCUGUUUUAUUUUCCUUAUGUUAAUAACUCAAACUGUAAUGUGUAAGUUACAAUGUAGGUGAAUGUCUGACAUUUUAAGAAAUGCCAAACUGAUCUAAACGGAUGUUUCCUAUUGUAUUCCCACCAAGGGUGUAUGAGAAUUCCAGUUCUUCUACAUCCCUGCCAGAGCUUCAUAUGGCCAAUCUUUUUUAUUUUAGCUCUUUUAAUAUAUGAGUUGUGGUUUGUUUAGAAAGAAAGGCUUAAAAAUAUAUAUAUAUAUGAAUAGUGGUAUCUCACUGUGGUUUUCAUUGCAUUACCCUAAAACUUCAUGAUGUUAAGCAUUUUUUAAUGUUUUUAUUUGCCACCUGUGUACCUUUGGUAAAAUAUCUGUUCAUAUGUUUUCUCUGCUUUUUUUAAGAUGAGUUUAUAUUUAAAAAAAAUUAAAACACAGUGCCAAAUAGCUAUCUUUAGUAAUAAAGACAUGUUGGAAUUUUCCUCAUUAUUCUAUGAUACAAUUUCUUUGUUGUGUUUAACAAUUCUUUUUCUAUCGGAGGAAAUUUUUUCCUUUUUUUUUUUUUUU